AUGUAUGAUAUUCUUGCAAAAAUUACUAGCCAUAGUGCUAGUCCUAUGUCCGUGAUUGUAGUUGAAGUUUGUAGAACAAGAAAUAUAGUGUAUGACCAAAAAAUUAUGGGUGAUGCUUGUCGCUCUGUUUCCUCCUCAAACCUAUUCUUCGAUCGCCUUGAGUAUAGAAAGUUGGAUGAUUUUGAAAUUGGAGAAGUUGUAAUUGCUAUAACGUUUUCUAUAGAAGUCUCUCCUAGGAGUCUAACACAAGUGAAACCCAUUGCCGACGAUGAACCAUGGGGGCUAGCUCCAAUUUCAGCUAUUGUUGCUCUGCGUACGAUUAGUGGUUGCGAGAUGAUGGAGGAGAUGAUGGAUGCGAUGGAUUUAUGCCAUAUUUGUCCGCAAGAGUAUUCAUACGGCGAUCCGGUAGUGAAAACGCCUUGUUCCCAUAUCUUUCAUGGAAAUUGCCUUACCCGAUGGCUCUCCAAGGCGCAUAAUUGUCCAAUAUGUAGGUUUAAAUUUCCCUUUCAAUAG